AUGAGCAUGAACGACGACCAAACUACUGAGGGCAAAGGGUCAUAUGCUAUUCCAUACCACUCCCAACUGAUUUUCUGGCGCUACCUCAAGACAUGGCUGGUCCUGGACAUGCUCUUGGUAUCUUUGGAUGUUCUCAACAUCGCCUCGGACUAUGCAGGUGUCGCCGUGAUCCGCUUCGCCCGGGUGGUGCGCAUCUUCCGGCUACUGCGCCUGCUGAAGAUGACAAAGCUGGACGAGAUCACGCAAGAGAUUGCGGCCUCCACUGGCCGUCAGUGGAUCAUGCUGGUCAUGGCGGUCUGCAACUCUGCCAUCGUCACCAUGCUUGUGGCUCACAUCGUCACAUGCUUCUGGUUUUGGGUGGGCACCUCCGCCUCCCGGCAGGAUGUCUGA